AAAAAAAAAAAAAAAAAGGAAGAAAAGAAAGAAUAGAGAGAGACACACAGGACACAGACAACACCACAAUGGCGGCUCUGGCUCUGCCAAAGCGGAUCUAUUCGCUUGUCCUCCUUCUUCUCAUCGUCGCCAUCGCCAUCUUCUCCCUCAGCGACGAUGCCUGGAACGCCGUCCCCCGGCCACCACCAGGAUGGCGCAUGCCCUUCACCACAGACACCGGCAUCCUCGCCAACUGGUGGGGUAGCACAGGCCGCCCCUUACGCAUCGCCGUCCUCGAAGCCGUGGGCACCCACGACGAGGUGACCGCCGCCCUCGUGCACGCCUUUGGCGGCCACGACAACGCCGAGCUGGUCCUCUACCUCAAGAACCAGCGCUACAACAUGGACGCCAUCAUCAACGGCUUCCGCCUCCAUUCCCCCAUCGUCGCCGUCGAGUCGUCCGACAUCUUCCUCGACCGCAUGCAGGCCGGCCCCCGUCCGGACAUCCUCGUCUCGACCACCUGCGAGAUCGACGCCGACCGGAAACCCAACGCGUUCCGCUACCUCCUCGCCCAGGGGACCACCCACCUCUUCUGCGUCGUGCACCACGCCGACCGCUGGGGGAAGGGCCGCCACGUCCACGUGGCGCGCGAGUUCCUCGACAAGGACAUGAUCGACUUCAUCGGCCUCAGCCAACACACCGUCGACUUCUUCGUCAACACCACCGUGCCCAAGUGGGAGAACCCGCCGACUUCGGUCCGCAUGCACGCCUUCCCCCCCGUUUUCCCCGUCGACGUCCCCGACCUCGAUCCCGACGCCGGGCCCUCCCUCGCGAUGCAGGGCGAUUACUCGGCCGGACGCCGCGACUACGAGAACAUCUUUCGCCAGCUGAGCAACGUCAUCGACCGCACCAGGGAGCUGUCGGCCACGACGCACGACAACGACACGGUGUCGCUCCGGCUCCUCGGCCACGGGAAACACCCGCAAGUCCCCGAGACGGUGCGCGACCGCGUCUUCUUCGACGAGGGGCUGUCGUACCCGGAUUUCUACGCGUUGCUGGCCCAGUCGUUCUCCGUCGUCCCUGCUUUCGCGUCCGAUACCUACCUGGACCGGAAGGCGUCGUCUACGGUCCCUGCCUCGCUUAUUGCCGGGGCGCCGCUUGUGGCGAGUGAGGAGCUGCUUGCUGCCUACUCGUACUUGCCCCGGGAGGCGGCCUGGGUGGCUGAACCGGGCGAGGGCGAGAUGGACGUUAUUGAACGGGUUAUUGGGGAGAAGGACGAGUUUUGGAAGAAGAGGAAACAUGUGCGCGAGGCCAGGGAGAAUAUCAUGAAGGAGAACAGGGUUCAUGUGAGGGAAUGGAUGGAGAGUGCUUUGGCGUUGCAUCCUCAUGAUGAUGAGGACGUGGAGGAAAAUGCGGAAGAACAGUAAACAACGUCUGUCGGUGGGUAACGGGCGAGGAGCAUUAUUACACUUGAUGGAAAUGACGGGCAUGGCACGCUGUAUAUUUUUCUUUCUGUAUCCAUACGGGGCGCAUGUCCUGGGGCGGCUCACGUACAUUUUCUCUUUUUUUAUAUUUCUUCUUUCUUUUUCUUCUUUUUCUUCUUUUUCUUCGUCUUUGUUAUUUUUUUCCUUUUCUUCUUUUUAUUCGCCGUCUUCUUCAUUUUUUCUUCUCUAUAUUAUUCCUUCGAUGUUUAGACAUUGGCAUCAGAGCGGACUGUC